AUGUCCCCAAGCGCCAUUGAUACGAGCGAACCCGCCGAGCACCACGACAUUCUUGUCCUGGGAGCAGGCAUCUCGGGCAUCAACGCGGCGCACGUCCUCCGCGAGUCCCUCCCCCACCGCCAAUUUGCCGUCCUCGAAGCUCGACCCAUUCUCGGUGGAACAUGGAGCUUCUUCCGAUACCCGGGCUUCCGAUCCGACUCGUUCAUGACCUCGUUCGGCUUCAAAUGGCACGUCUGGAAGCACAGGCACAAGAUGGCCUCGGCCACCGAGAUCGUCGAGUACCUGGAGGAGGCAGUCGAUGCGGCGGGGCUGAGAAGCACGAUUCGAUUCAACCACAAGAUGGUCGGGUGCGAGUGGCGGACGGAUGAGCAACAAUGGCGACUGGACGUGGAAGCCGAUGGCGAGCGCAAGCUUAUCACUGCAAACUUCGUCAUUAAUUGCUUGGGGUACUACUCUUACGACAAGGCAUUCCCCACCGUCAUUCCCGGACUGGACAGCUUCCAGGGCGAGAUUAUCCACCCCCAAUGGUGGCCUGAGAAUCUCGAUUACACCAACAAACGAAUGAUCAUCGUCGGCUCCGGCGCCACGGCCGUCACCAUAGUGCCAUCGCUGGCUGAGAAGGCGGGCAUGGUGACGAUGCUCCAGCGCAGCCCGUCGUUUGUCGUGUCGCGAGUUACCUCGUCGGGAAUUGACGACUUCUUACGCAUGUUCCUCCCGCUGGCUUGGGUCCAUUGGUUCGCCUGGUGGAAGGAUACGAUAUACGAGGUGUUCAUGACGCAGUUCCUGCUCGCAUUCCCAGACGUGGGGAGAUACUUCAUCACCAAGAUGACCAAGGAAGCCGUCCCCAAGGACUUGGAUGUCGACGUUCACUUCAACCCAAAGUACAAUCCCUUUCAGCAGCGCCUAUGCAUGUGCCCCAAUGGAGAUUUUUUCAAGGCGUUGCAUCAAGACAACGUUGAGAUUGUGACGGAUGUGAUUGACACGGUGACCAAGGAUGGGGUCCAGCUCAAAUCUGGGCGCGAGCUCACCGCCGACAUCAUCGUCACUGCUACCGGCCUCUACUUCCAGCUCUUCGGCGGAGUCACGCCCCUGGUCGACGGUCAACCCAUCGACGCGGGCUCGCACUACACCUGGCGCGGAUGCAUGAUCGAGUCCCUGCCUAACAUGGCCUUUGUCAUGGGCUACGUAACGCAGUCGUGGACUCCCGGCGCAGAUAUCAUGACCAAGACGGUGGUGCGGGUUAUGAAGCACAUGGAGAGCACGGGCUCGACGAGCGUAAUGCCGGUGAUGGAGAACAAGGAGGGCAAGCCGAAGCGGUUGGCCGUCGACGCAACCAGCAAUUACUUUGUCAAGGCUGCCGACAGGAUACCCAAGGUGACGGGCAAGGGCGUUUGGUACGGUCGUACCAACCUGGUGAUCGACAUGUGGGCAUGGAUGUUUGGAAGCAUCACGGAUGGUUUGCUGUACAGCCAGGCGCAGAGCAAGAAGGACAUGUGA